GGCAGGCUUGCAAACCGUUAUAGCCCUUGAGCACCUCCCUUGGCCUGUGGGCCCCCUAACCCGCCUCCCCGCGGCGAGGCUGCCCACCUGGCGACGUGACGCUGCACCAAUCCCCUUCGAGCUGCUCCCGAGUGUGGGGGGGGGGCCUGCUUGCACCGCCCCCCUCCCCACCCUGAAAGAGGCUCACCCUGCCAGGGCAGACACUGCGUGCUCGCUGUGGAGCACCCCCCCCACCCCAGCUGCUCAUUCCCCCGGACGGACUCUCAGGCUCUUCUCUUGCCUUAGCUCAACUUGCUUUCCCGCCUCGCAAACUCUGGCUUCCCUCCACUCCUAGCUCCUUUCCCUCCACUUUCCCCUCUAUCUCCCUCUCUGCGAACCCCAGUCCCCAUUCCUUGCCCCCUCUCCCUCCCCCAUACACUUCUCUCCACCUUGAACUUCUUGUUCUUUCCCACCUUAGACUCCCAGAGCCUAAUUCCGUCACCCUUUCCUGUUUAGCUCGAAGCCAUGGCAGGACCUGGGGGCUGGAGAGAUAAGGAAAUCACGGAUCUGGGCCACUUGCCGGACCCAACUGGAAUAUUCUCACUGGAUAAAACCAUCGGCUUUGGUACUUACGGAAGGAUCUACUUGGGACUGCAUGAAAAGACUGGUGUACUUACAGCUGUCAAAGUGAUGAAUGCUCGUAAGACUCCUUUGCCUGAAAUAGGAAAGCGAGUAAGAGUGAAUAAAUAUCAGAAGUCUGUUGGGUGGAGAUACAGCGAUGAAGAGGAGGAUCUCAGAACUGAACUUAACCUUUUGAAGAAGUACUCUUUCCACAAAAAUAUUGUGUCUUUCUAUGGUGCAUUUUUCAAGAUGAGCCCGCCUGGCCAGAGACACCAACUUUGGAUGGUGAUGGAAUUGUGUGCAGCAGGCUCAGUCACUGAUGUAGUGAGAAUGACCAGAAAUCAGAGUUUAAAGGAAGACUGGAUUGCUUAUAUCUGCCGGGAAAUUCUUCAGGGCCUAGCUCACCUUCAUGCACACCGCGUAAUUCAUCGGGACAUCAAAGGUCAGAAUGUGCUACUGACACACAAUGCUGAAGUAAAGCUAGUGGAUUUCGGAGUGAGUGCCCAGGUGAGCAGAACUAAUGGAAGGAGAAAUAGCUUCAUUGGGACACCAUACUGGAUGGCACCUGAGGUGAUUAACUGUGAUGAGGACCCAAGACGCUCCUAUGAUUACAGAAGUGAUGUGUGGUCUGUGGGAAUCACUGCUAUUGAAAUGGCUGAAGGAGCUCCUCCCCUGUGUAAUCUUCAGCCUUUGGAAGCCCUCUUCGUUAUUUUGCGAGAAUCAGCUCCCAAAGUAAAAUCCAGCGGAUGGUCCCGCAAGUUCCACAACUUCAUGGAAAAAUGCAUGAUUAAAAAUUUCUUAUUUCGUCCUACUUCUGCAAACAUGCUUCAUCAUCCAUUUGUUCAAAAAAUUAAAAAUGAAAAACAUGUUGUUGAGUCUUUAAAGAAGCAUCUUACUGGAAUUAUUAAAAAGAGACAGAAUAAAGGGAUACCUCUGGUCUUUGAAAGAGAAGAAGCUAUUCAGGAAAGGUACACCACAAGAAGAUUCAGAGAGCCAUCUUGUACUCAUGAACUUCUGAGACUACCAACCAGCAGUAGAUGCAGACCACUUAGAGUCGUGUAUGGAGAACCAUCUCAGCCAAGGUGGUUACCUGAUCAAGAAGAGCCACAAGUUCAAGCACUUCAUCACCUACAGGGAGCAGCCAAGGUGUUCACACCUCUAAAGAGUCAGGCCAGUACACCAAAACCUCUGCAGGGGCAAAUCCAGGCACCUCGGCGACUGCAUGGAGCAGCUCAAGUGUUCAUGCCACUACAUGUUCAGGCCAAGUCUAGGGCAUUUAGUCCCAUACCAAUGCAGCUUAGAGCACCUCCACGACUACGUAGGACAGCCAGGAUGUUCAUGCCACUACAGGUUCAGAUUAAGGCACCUAGGCCUCCACGGGUAAAGGUUGAGGAACUCAAAGAGCAGCAGGUUCAGAUUCAAAACCAGGGAUCAAAAGAACCACAGGAUUUAGACCAGGUACCAGAAGAAUUUCAGCGUCAAGAGCAGGUACCAGAACAACAGCAAAGGCAGGGCCAGGCCCCUGAACAACAUCAGAGACAGAACCAGGUACCUGAACAGCAGAUGGCUCAGAAUCAGGCUCCUGAAGAACCAGAGGUACAGGAGCAGGCUGCUGAGCCUGCACAGGCAGACGCAGAGGUAGAGGCAGAGCAACCUGAGUCAUUACAAGUUCAUGCCCAGCUAUUCCUGCCUCUGAUGUCUCAGAACCACCAUGUGCUUUUGCCACUACAUUUGGAUACCCAGUUGCUCAUUCCAGUAGAGGGGCACUCUGAAGCAUCACCUCAGCCACAAAAUUGGGCAUUAGAACCCCCACAGGCAGUUGGAGCCAUUCAAGCACUGAUAGAGGGACUGUCAAGAGACUUACUUAGAGCACCCAACUCACAUGACUCAAAGCCACUUGGUCCACUGCAAACCCUGAUGGAAAGCCUGUCAUCAAAUAUGUUUUACUCUCAACCAGAACAGGUGCAAAAGAAAAAAUCUAAGGUAUUUAGUUUAAGGGAAGCAUUGGCAAAAAGACUGUCGCCAAAGAGAUUCCGAGCCAAGUUAACACGGAAAUCUGAAGAGUUUGAGCUCUCAGAUUUAGAAGCCCGCAGACAAAGACGCCAACGCAGAUGGGAGGAUAUCUUUAAUCAGCAUGAGGAAGAAUUGAAACAAGUUGCAAAUGAGAAAGAAGAUGAGUCAUCAGACAAUGAUGAAGUAUUCCAUUCAAUUCAGGCUGAAGUCCAAAUAGAACCAUUGCAGCCAUACGUCCCAAAUCCUAAAGCCAGUGAUGUUCAAGAGAGAUCUGCUUCUAAGCCUGGCAGACAGGGCCAUGCACACCGUGUCACAUUCUCUCCUAGUGUUCCUCAGGAACCUCUUUUGGGACAAGCUCAGAAGCCCAGUGACAUCAGACAAAGGAGCUUACACAAUCCUCAAAAUUGUCCAGAAACAUCAGAAUCUUCUUCUGAGGAAGCGAGUCCUGUGGUUGGAAGGAGGUCUCAGUCAUCGCCUCCCUAUUCUACAAUCGAUCAGAAGCUUCUUGUUGAUGUUCAUGUUCCAGAUGGAUUUAAAGUAGGAAAAAUAUCACCCCCUGUUUACUUGACAAAUGAAUGGGUGGGUUAUAAUGCUCUCUCUGAAAUCUUCCGGAAUGAUUGGCUAACUCCUGCACCUGUAAGACGGUCACCUGAAGAAGAUGGAGAUUAUGUGGAACUCUAUGAUGCCUGUGCUUAUCCUGAUGGUGGUGAUAAUGAUUCUAAUGAUGUUUAUGAAGAUACUUAUGAUCAUCACAAUGGCAAUCAUGACCUCGACAACCAGGGUGAUCAAGCUAAUGCUGUUUAUGAAGCUCGUGGUGAUUACCACAAUACUGAAGCUAUUGAUGAUGAAGGAAACAAUCAUGAUGGUGUCCCUGGCUGGCCAAGGCGGAGGUAUGGCAGAGGUGGACGUAAGCAAGAAGGCAGAGAUGAAAAUGAUAGAGGAGAUGGAAACUUCAGAGGCUAUGAGUAUCGGAGAGCUUACGGAAAAAACGGGGCAAGUGCAGCCGGGGAAGGCAGUGAAGCUUUUGGAGACCAUGGAGCUAAUAUAGGCAAUGGGAGAAAAAGCAAGGAAGGUAAAGGUGGUAAGGUAGUCAGUGGAGCCAACGAGGAGAUUGAUACCCUUGAACUCAAUGGGGAAGAAAAUUACUCAGAUACAGAUGAUCCAGUACUGGCACAGGCAGCAUCCCAAGACUUUGGAGAUCAGCAGGAACCAGGUGGCAGAAGUGAGGCCUCAAAUGCUGUUACCUUGGGUGCUGCACUCUCAGCUUCUGAUGAUGAGAAUGACAUUAUAGACAUAUCAGAAGCCUCAACAGAAUCAGGAUUUUCUGCCAGCUACUCAUUUCCUUCCUAUGGUUCUGAGACUGCAAAUGCUGACUUUGCCAGUUCUAUCUUGUGUGCUGGAUUAGUGGAAGUACCUGAAAAAUCACCUGAGUUACCCUCUGAUGUCAAUGUUAACCCACUGUGUGCCUCUUCUGCAUGUGAAAAACCACUAAUCCACAUGUAUGAAAAGGAAUUUACUUCUGAGAUCUGCUGUGGUUCUUUGUGGGGAGUGAAUUUGCUGUUGGGGACCCGAUCUAAUCUCUAUCUUAUGGACAGAAGUGGAAAGGCAGACAUUAUUAAACUUAUAAAGCGAAGACCAUUUCGUCAGAUUCAAGUUGUGGAGCCACUCAAUUUGCUGAUUACCAUUUCUGGCCAUAAGAACAGACUUCGUGUGUACCACUUGAGCUGGCUGAGGAACAAGAUUUUGAAUAAUGAUCCAGAAAGUAAAAGAAGACAAGAAGAAAUGCUAAAGACCGAGGAAGCCUGUAAGGCUAUUGAUAAGUUGACAGGCUGUGAGCACUUCAGUGUCCUCCAACAUGAAGAAACAACUUACAUUGCAAUUGCUUUGAAAUCAUCAAUUCACCUUUAUGCAUGGGCACCAAAGUCCUUUGAUGAAAACACUGCUAUUAAAGUAUGCAUUGAUCAGUCAGCAGAUUCCGAAGGAGACUACAUGUCCUAUGAAGCCUAUAUACGAAUACUGGCAAAAAUACAGGCAGCUGAUCCAGCGAACCGGUUUAAGAGACCAGAUGAGCUCCUUCAUUUGUUGAAACUUAAGGUAUUUCCAACACUUGGUCAUAAACCAUUGACAGUUGACCUGGCUGUUGGUUCUGAGAAAAAACUAAAGAUUUUCUGCAGCUCAGCAGAUGGAUAUCAUGUCAUCGAUGCAGAAUCUGAGGUUAUGUCUGAUGUGACCCUGCCAAAUAAUAAUAUCAUCAUUUUACCUGACUCAUUGGGAAUUGGCAUGAUGCUCACCUUCAAUGCUGAAGCUCUUUCUGUGGAAGCAAAUGAACAACUCUUCAAGAAGAUACUUGAAGUAUGGAAAGAUAUACCAUCUUCAGUAGCUUAUGAAUGUACACAGCGAACCACAGGAUGGGGCCAAAAGGCCAUUGAAGUGCGCUCUUCGCAAUCAAGGGUUCUGGAAAAUGAACUAAAGCGCAGAGCAAUCAAGAAGCUGAGAUUUCUCUGUACCCGAGGUGACAAGCUGUUCUUUACUUCUACCCUGAACAAUCGCCACAGCCGGGUCUACUUUAUGACCAUUGGAAAACUUGAAGAGCUCCAGAGCAAUAAUGAAGUUUAAAAAGUUGUUGUGAUUUCUUAUAACAUUUAAAAAAUCAGAAUUAUGCAUUUUACACCUUAAGUUUUCUGAGAUUAAAUAAGCACUUGGUUUUAUGGUUAGGGAAAAAUUAAGUAAGAUACUUAACUUUUAAUUUAGUACAAAAUAGUUUUAAUGGAAAUGCAGCUUCAUAUAUAAUUGACUAUAGCAAGCUCUAUGUACUCCAAUGGUGUACAAUGUCUUUUGCACAAACUUUGUAACUUUUGUUACUGUGAAUUCAGUUUAACUAUUAUUCUUUGGACAGUUUGGACAGUAUCUCUAUUCAGACUUUACAACAUGGAGAAAAGAAACCUAUGAUGAGUUAGAUUCUAAGCAGCUUUCAAAAAAAUGGCCCUGAAGGACAUAUAUUAGAAAAAAUUAUAUACAUAACAGCAAACUAUAUGUGAAUUUGCAAAGGCAUGUAGCAAAACAGUUGUUAAAUGGUUAAUUAGUAUAAGAGACUGUGCUCCAAACCACACACAUUUUAAACAACUUGCCUUCCUGUAGAAAGGUAUAAUAGUGAAGGGGAAAACACCACCCAUUCCCUCAUAACUCCAUGAUAGUUAAGCCCACAGUUAGAAACCAGACGUCUUUUUUUUUUUUUUUUUCACCUCAUGUUAAGCUAGUUUCCUCCUGAUAAGAAAGGAAGAAAACCUUGGAUGCUUGAGAUGCCUAAUUUUCCUCAGAAUCCCAAAAUAUGUGCAAUAAGCUGUUUCUACAAGCCAUUAAACAAUACACUUUCAAGAACCUGAAUACAGGACUGAACUCCUAUACAUAUGUACUGUAAAAUGAGAUAUUUUAACAUUUUAAAGUAAGCAUCAGAUUCUACCCAACAGUUGACCCAAAGUUGACUGAUUUUUCAGGAUUUUUGUGUGGCCAUCAAAAAAGCACUAUUUUUUUUCAAUCUCAUACUGAAAUAUUUUUAAUAAUUCUCUCUAGUAGUUAAAUAAAAAAUUGGUUAUUAAUACUUGUGCUUUUCCAUGUUUCUACUUCUGUAAAAUCAAAAAUCAUUCUAAAAAAGGAACAAAUACACAUACAGGAACUUAGAGAAAAUGAAAAGACUUUUUUAAAUACAAAUUUAACCAAGUAUCUAAAUCUGCAAACUGAUGCUAAAUUGUGACAGACACCAUAUAUAAGUAGUGUUUGAUAACCUACUGUAACUUCUACCUGGUGAAAAACUAUUUCUGCAUGUCCAUCCUCAAGAUCAUGGUUAGUUCUGGGGCAAUAAAGAAGCAACAGAACUAACACAAAGUAUACCUCACUAAAAUUCCUCUAGUUCUGCUUCUAAAAUUUAGAGACAGUACUAGUGGGAUAAUAGUUUUCAAGCUACCUGGUUAACCAAAAUACAAAAGCAGCUGACUAUGUGUGAUUUCACGAUAGCACACUAUAUCUGGCUCCUUAUUGCCAGAAAUGGUGAUUUGGAUUUUCCUAACAACUUAUAUCAAGAGUACAGUAUCUCAAUAUUGAGAUUUUAGGAGAACCUGAAUCCAUUAAUAAAAAUAAACAAAUGUGAUUCACAUUUCUAUUACUGUGACACAAUAAUGUGAUCCUAAAACUGGCUUGAGUGUUUACAACUCAACUAACUUUUUUAAAUACAGUAGCUUAAAGAGAAGACAAAUUUCUAUGGCAAAUUAUUUCUUUAGAAGUAGUCUUCAUUAUUAUAAAUUUGUACACCAGAAAGGCUAUGGGGAACUUUGUGCAAAUACCUCAUUGCUGAGCAAAUGGAGCUUGCUAUGUUUGAAUUUCAGAUUGUUUUCUCAUUUAUGUAGCAUGUAGUACAAUUAUUGUAAGAAUUUAUUUUUCCUUCAUAAUAUUUACUCAAGCUUAAGGUUCAAAAGUAAGUUUUAUUUUAAAAUCGUAUUUGAAAGCAUUAAGACAGUAAACUAUUUUAGGAAGCCAGCUCCCAUUGUGUUCUGUGGUUGUUACUCUAGUAAAUAUAGAAGGUAGUGAACUGACUUUUUCAGAGGUGUCCCCAAGUAAUCAAGCAACAGAAAUUGCAAGUGUGUAAUUUUGCUUCACAGGAUAUCCUGUUAUACAAAUAAACAAACAACUGGGCAUGUAUUAAGAAGAGGAUCUGAAAUGUUAGGUAACCAAAUGCAAAGGACUGGAAAUACUUGAAGUGGUUUGCAAGUAAUGAGUAUUUCCAAUUUAGAUUAAAAUCAUUUGGAAUUUUGUAUCCUUUGCCAGAUGAAACAACAAAGUGAAUGGGAUAAUUAAACUUCAUAGUCAGUGCUCAGUAAUAGUAAACAGUAUUGACUGACACCUCACCUUAUUGAAGCAGCACAUGGAAGCCCCAGGAGGCAGACUCCUAACAAGUCAGUUUCUACAAUUUGAAACAUGAAAGGUAUGAAGGAUUGUGAGUAGCAUUGGGACAGAGUGGUUUUAUUUUAGUGUAUUUUAGUGUUUUCACACACACACAAGAAAACAUGGUUCCAAAAUAAAAGGCAGUAUCAAAAAUAAUGGAAAAAUCAAUAAAAAGAAGCUUAUUGAAAUAAGAUAAAAUUCUCAGGAAAAAAAUAAACAGUAAGAAGGAAUAAUCAUUUAACACAGUAAAGUAGACAAAGCAGAAAUAACAGAUGUGCACACAGAUACCAUUAGAAUGCAAAAGUUUUAAUAUUCUAGUGUUACCUGCAUCCAGAUAAAGUAAUCACUAAGUGGUUUCUCAUAGGACUUGCCUGAGAAAGUAUCAACAGAAUUAGGAAUAAUGUCAAGUAAAUUUUAUGGAAUCUUUUAAGUACUCUUCAAUUCUUCUUGAGACAUAUGCCUAUUCAAAUCAGUUUGCAUUCAAUCUGUGAUCUGCCUUUUUUAAAAUAUCACAAUAAUGUUUCAGACUGUUUAUUGUUUCAUCAGAAAGUCUUUAAUAAACCAUUGUUUGAUCUCUAGAAAUAAAAUUAUUAAAAUUA